AAAGCAUCAUUAUUCCUUGUGCCAACAUUUGAUGGUUUUUUACAGCUGGCUGCUAAAAUAAAAUAUUUACUGUAAACUCACUUGUUUAGUUUCCCUGAAACAAACUUCAUCAUAAAUACUAUACUCAAUCGUCCUUUACCUUUGAUUGCCUCUUCAGAGUCUAAUUAUGGCGGAAUCAUUUCUGGCCCUUGUUGCAGAACAGCUUUUGGAGAAGAUAGUCUCCCUGGCCGCCAAAGAAAUUCUAUCACUAUGGAAUGUCAGUAGUGAUUUGAGAAGGUUUCAGGAAACCAUGACCUACAUCAAAGCUGUGCUGUUAGAUGCUGAAAAACGGCAGCAGCAGAAUGAGACGUUGCGCCUUAGUUUGGGGAAGCUUAGAAACGUCUUAUAUGAUGCUGAGGAUGUGCUUGAUGAAUUCAGGUGUGAAGCACUGCGAAAGGAGUUGAUAAAUCGUAGAAGCACCAAGGUACGAUUCCCUUCCAUCUCUAUUCCAUUUGCAUUCCCUUUAAGGAUGGAUCAUAAAAUCAAAAAGAUCAAUGAAAGGCUAGAUAUGAUUGCUAGUGAUUUCAAAAGAUUUAAUCUUGGAGCUGUAGAGCAAGUUGAGAACCGGCGCAUUAGUCUCAGGGAUACCCAUUCCUUCGUGAUACCUUCUAACAUGAUUGGUCGAAAUCAAGAUAAAGAAAAUAUCAUAAAUCUUUUAAUCCAGUCAAGCGAGGGUCAAAAUAAUAUUCCCGUUAUCCCUAUAGUUGGAAUAGGAGGUUUGGGGAAAACUACGCUUGCUCAGUUGGUGUUCAAUGAUGAAAGAAUCACUCGGUGUUUUCCAUUGCAAUUAUGGGUGUGUGUAUCAGACUUGUUUGAUGUUUCCAGGUUGCUUUGUGAGAUUAUUUACUACUUAAGUCGUGAAAGGUGUGAUGGUUUACCAGUCAAUGCACUGUUCACUCAUCUGCAAAGUCUUAUAAAGGUAAAAAAUUUUUACUUGUUUUAGAUGACGUGUGGAACGAAAAUCGUGUUAAAUGGUAUGAAUUGAAAGACAUGUCGGUGAAAUUGGAUGAUUUGCAUCAAAGUAAGAUCCUUGUAACCACACGGAGUUCAGAGCCUUCAGAUGUUGAUAUUACGCGAUGCACCAAACUUGGAGGAUCUGCCUCGAUUGCUUCUUGAGGGAUCUGUUGGCUGUUUGCAGUUCACUGAAAUCCAGCAUUGCCGCAACUUUGAGAUGCUACCAGAAUGGCUAAAAAACCUCAAUUCACUUCAAAGACUGGAGAUUCUUAAUUGUCCCAAAUUAUCCUCUCUUCCCGAUGGAGUAGACCGUCUCACUGCACUUAGACAACUGAAGAUCCAAAAAUGUCCUACAUUGUGUGAAAACUGUAAACCGGAAGCUGGCGCAGAUUGGUCCAAGAUAUCACACAUCCGGGAGGUUCAUAUUGAAGACCAAAAGAUUAUCAAGUCACCUUAGAGGUAAAUUAUGAACUGGAUGCUUUGAUGAAAAUAAAGGAG